AUGGCAACAUCCAGUCAACGCAGUGAUCUCCCGGCGAAGCGUAAAAAGGCAGAUUCUAUUGAUUCGGCUACAUCGACCGAUGAUCUGUUGUUAGCAAGCCCACCCGAAUACACAAAGUCACUUAGCGAGGGAAUUGGAUCAAUCGAUAAGAAAAUAUCGAUAGCAUUAGAAAUCCUUCAAGCCGAGAUCAAAGAGUUAAAAGAAAGCCUCGUGUUUACUCAGCAGGAGGUAGUAUAUCUCAAGUCGCAAAACGAUAUCCUUAAAGGCGCCUUCGAGUCGACGACAGGUCUAUUAGAAUCCCUGAAAAAAGAGAACAAGAUAAUGAAAGAUUCUAUUUUGGACCUUCAAUCAAGGAGCAUGAGGGACAAUUUAAUUUUCUCUGGCAUCGAAGAAAACACAGUAGACAACCCAGAAGCCCUCGUUAAGUCAUUUAUGGCAACAUCUCUCAAGCUGCCCAAGGAAAUGGUGGAUUCGAUCAAGUUUGCGAGGGUACACCGUCUUGGGAAGCCAAGAGGAAGCGGUCCGCGUCCAGUAAUCGCCAAGUUCGAGCUCUACCAGCAGAAAGUACUGGUGAAAUCCAAAGGAAGAGAAUUACAAGGAACAAGAUUCGGUAUGAAUGAUCAUUUCCCGCGCGAGAUCAACGAAAGACGGAAAAUCCUCUAUCCAAUUCUGAAGCGGUCCAGAGCAGAGGGCAAACCCCACGGGAAAUCAUGGCUCGGGCCCCAGGCUAUCGAGGGCCUCUCUUGGGGCUGCUUCUGCACUUUGCUCUACUUUGUUCGGCUCAAAGGGCCCAAGGACCUGCUGGACCUGCAGGUGUACCAGGAAUUGAUGGCAUUGAUGGUGAUAGAGGAUCAGAUGGCCAAGCUGGUCCUGCUGGACCUGAUGGAGAGCCUGGGCUUGACCGGCCGUAUCGGAGAGCCCGGGCCUGAUGGUCCCCGCGGACAGAAAGGUGAACCCGGAACAGUUGGACCUCGUGGAAUGGCUGGUGUUGGGCCAGAUGGACCCCCUGGGCCACCAGGGCCAGGAGGGCUUCCGGGCCCACUGGGGAAAACAGGACCACCUGGGCCCAUGGGUGUGAGGGGGCCACAAGGACCUCGAGGACCAACAGGCCCUCGAGGGGCAUCUGGGAUGCUUGGAAGCGCUGACCUGUGUCCCAACUCUUGUCCACCAGGGACUACUGGACAUCCUGGACUUCCUGGCAUGAAGGGCCACAAAGGUGUUAAAGGUGAAGCAGGGGAACCUGGCAAACAAGGGCACAAGGGGGAGGAGGGUGAACAAGGCGGUCAAGGGGAGGUCGGUGCACAAGGGCCAACGGGUGCCCAGGGCAUCCGUGGAGCCUCAGGAAUGAUGGGUACUAAGGGAGAGAUGGGUGCUCGAGGUCCUGAUGGAGAUCCAGGUCCUCAAGGUGUUGCCGGGGCAUCUGGUGAUCAAGGGCAGCGAGGUGUGAUGGGUGAGCCUGGGCCUAAAGGUGAACUGGGCUUACAAGGGCCAAGAGGCAUCACCGGUUUGCCAGGUCCCAAAGGAGACGCUGGUUUACCAGGUGUGGACGGCCGUGAGGGUAUUCCAGGCUUGCCGGGAACAAAGGGAGGGGUUGGAAAGCCUGGACUCCCUGGAGAGACUGGCCCACAGGGGCUUCCUGGUUUGCCUGGAUCACCUGGAGCAAAAGGACAGGGUGGCUCAAAGGGAGAUGCUGGUCAAACAGGCUUUCCUGGAACAAUAGGUUCAGCUGGGAAAAUGGGCGAGCGCGGGGAACAAGGUGAGGUUGGAGACGUUGGACCAAUCGGUGAACCUGGAGAAUUAGGAGAACAAGGCCCGGUGGGUCCAGCUGGCAAGCCGGGUUCAAGGGGACCCAAAGGUGACCCCGGUCUUCCUGGUAUUCCAGGCCCUCCUGGUGUUCCUGGAGUAAAAGGAGAAAGGGGCGAGCGGGGAGAAGCAGGACCCAAGGGAGACCAGGGUCCACAAGGUGAUGAAGGCAACCCCGGAGAGAAAGGAGAUAAUGGUGAACCUGGCGAAACUGGUGCCAAGGGUGAGAAUGGAAACCCCGGCGAGCCUGGUAGAAGAGGACCAGAGGGAACUCGAGGCCAGCCCGGAGUCGAGGGUCCAGCCGGCACACCUGGACCACGAGGCAUGCAGGGUAACAGAGGUCCACCUGGAGUCAGAGGCACACAAGGCCCUGCGGGUAAAGAGCCGAGCGACCAGCACAUCAAACAGGUCUGCAUGCGAGUCAUGCAAGAACAACUGGCUCAGUUGGCUGCAAGUUUGAGAAGACCAGAGUCUGGUGCAGUGGGCUUACCUGGUAAACCCGGACCUCCGGGCCCUCCUGGUGCUCCGGGAGACAAUGGCCUGCCAGGGCAGGCAGGGGCAAGAGGACUUCCUGGACUUAAAGGACCACCAGGACAACUUGGAGCAAAAGGACCCAAAGGUGAAAUGGGCGACAGAGGCUCCCGAGGACCCACAGUGCGGGGACCCAAAGGUCAGCAAGGACCUCCUGGACUCCCAGGUGAGGCUGGCAAACCUGGGUACGGUCAGGAUGGUCGCGACGGCCAAAGAGGACCUCCUGGCCUUCCUGGACAGCCUGGCGUACCAGGGCCACCCGGUGCAGCCGGUCCUAAUGGUUACUGCGACCCGUCCUCAUGCAAUUUGUCAGCGGGCGCUCAGCGUACAGAUGUUAAGGGACCUGCAGGGAACUAA